AUGGAUCCUAAAAUGGAUCCCAAAAUGGACACCAGGAAGAUAAGUGCCCAGCGUCUUCCCCCGCCUGUCCUCUUCCAAGGCCCGCCGUCACAUAAUGCCUCCAAUCUCUCUCUUCCCCCGCCGGUAUCUGCUGUUCCGACGACGGGAGCCUCUCCGCGGCCGCCUCUGCAGCGCAAUCGCUCGUCCCGCGCAGGAACCCUAGAGGCCCCGGGGUCCCUCUCGCCAUUCCUGACUCGCAAACAGUCCAAGGGGGAGGUGGACGGCUCCGAGGCCAUAUGGCAGGAGAUGCAGAGCGCAUUGUCCGAGGUCGAGCUGAGCGCGGCAACGGGCGAACAUGUCUUUGGGGAGAAGCACUCUGAGGCGUUGGAAGAUCUCCGGACAAAACAGCUGAAGCUUGCGCAGGCGUGGGCGCGCAGCGAAGCCGGGGAUGAGGUUGUGGAAACAAAAGGUGCUGCCGCUACUGCUGCGGCCACGGCAAAGAGUAAUGCGUCGCUGCGGCCGGCGUCGCGAAGCACGGCUGGACCGGGCGAUUCUGCUAAUCCUGAGGAUGGUUCCUCGCGGAAUCUGGAUGAGGAGACGGAAAAGGAUAUUCUUCUUGCACGGGAGAGACGGGAGGCUAAUGAUCGAUACUUCGAUCGGGUUAAUAAUGGUGUCUUGGAUGUGGUGGCCAAGCUGGAGGAAGUCGCUCAGGCUAUGCGCGCGGUGGAAAGGGAGAGCAAAGAUAUCUGGAGUGAUACUGAUAGCAUGAGUACCACGACGCAGACCACGACUGAUACUGGGUGA